CAUACGAAAUACAGAUCUAAAUCUAGAUUUAGAAUCUAGGUUUUAAAAUAAAAAAUGGCGUUCAUCACUCCAGAGCUCAAAAUAGAUGAAAUAGAGGACUGGUUUAAAAUUGGACUAGAGUCAACUAAAAAAAAAAUAAAACCAUUGGCAGCCUCGUAUCUUGGGGGUCAUAUUUUCAACCCAGAAACUGGAGGAGUGUAUGAAUUUGACAAGCAGCGGGAUUUAGAUUCAAAACUCCCCAAAUACAAAAGAAGCAACUAUGUAUCUAACAGACAACAAUAUGUUGAAGAAUUUGUUCAGAAAGAGCAGGAAGAAUUAUUUUCUAAGACAUAUGGUGCUGACGGUAGGAAUGUUCCAGACUCUUUAGCAAAUGAGCUUGAGGCUCUAGAGCUUGACAGCACAGCUUGCAGUGGCUUGCCCAGUGAUCACAUCCCAGAGGGAGCCACAGAUGUUUAUAACAACUAUUCCUUCCAGCAGAAGUAUGUGGAGUUACCUGUCUUGAGUUCUAAGGAGGAGAUUGUUGCAACAAUUGAGAGCAACCAAGUCACAAUAGUUCAGGGGCCCACAGGAUCAGGAAAGACAACUCAAGUUCCUCAGUUUAUUCUUGAUCACUAUGCCACAGAGUCCAAGUAUUGUAACAUAGUGGUCACACAGCCCCGUAAAAUAGCAGCCAUUUCCAUAGCACAGAGAGUGAGUGAUGAACGUGGCUGCUCUGUCGGAUCUCUGUGUGGCUAUCAGAUCGGGCUUGAACGCAAAGUCAGUGCAGAUACGCGGAUACUAUACUGUACCACUGGGAUCUUGAAAGAAAAACUUAUCUUGAAGAAAAAUAUGCAUGAAUUUACUCAUGUGAUUUUGGAUGAGGUGCAUGAAAGAGACAUUGAAACAGACUUUGUGCUCUUAAUAAUAAAGAAAUUAUUGAGAACAAACUCAGGUCAUGUAAAAGUUAUUCUCAUGUCUGCAACAUUUGACACUCAGAUUUUUGCCAAUUACUUUGCCAUACCACUCCGCAACAAGCUGGAACCUGCUCCAAUCGUGACUAUUGGGGCUGGACACCAUCGAGUCUCAGAGUUUUUUGCAGAUGAUUUAUCAGCAAGGCUUGGAGAGUUUCCUCCUGUUGAUGAAAGCAAACCUGAAAUUCACCCUGCACUGUAUGACAUAGUUAUUGGACUUGUUAAAGAAUUUGAUCUACUAGAAGAAAAAGAACAAGGCAUUGACCAGAGAACAGGUUUUGCUCCAGUACGAGGAACUGUUCUAAUGUUUCUUCCAGGAUAUUAUGAAAUAACUAAAAUCCUGGACAAAAUCAGACAACUGGAAGAUACACACUUUAUCCUCCCAAUUCCACUUCAUUCUUCUAUAACCUUAGAUGAACAGAGUAAAGCAUUUAUAAAGCCUGCAAAAGGUUACAGAAAGGUUAUCAUUUCAACCAAUAUUGCUGAGAGCUCCAUUACAGUUCCAGAUAUUAAGUAUGUCAUAGAUUUCUGCUUGACCAAGAACCUGUGCUGUGAUCCAGACACCAAUUACACCCAGCUACAACUUGAGUGGGCUUCCAAGGCUAAUGCUAAACAGCGAAAAGGUCGUGCUGGGCGAGUUUCAAAUGGUCGUGUGUAUUACUUGGUACCUCGAUGGUUCUUUGAAAGAGUUCUUCCAGAUUUUGGCACUCCGGAAAUGCAGCGUGCUCCAUUAGAAAACUUGAUACUCAAGACAAAAAUCUUCAACAUGGGAGAACCUAAAGCUAUCCUGGCUUUAGCCCUGUCCCCACCCAACCUGGAUGAUAUUGAGAGGACAAUCCUCAGUCUCAAAGAGGUUGGUGCUCUAAGUUCUACAACUGGAAUAAGUAGCAACCCACACGAUGGAGACCUAACCUUUAUUGGGAAGGUGUUGGCUGACCUGCCUGUGGAUAUAAGAAUUGGAAAACUCUUCAUACUGGGACAUGUUUUUGGUGUCUUGGAGGAAUGCCUUAUUAUUGGUGCUGCGUUGUCCCUAAAAAGUAUUUUUGCCACACCCAUGCAAGCUAGACUGGAGGCUUACAAAACUAAACUUAGCUGGUCAGACAAUUCACUCAGUGACUGCAUUGCAAUACUUAAUGCCUACAAGGUUUGGGAGAACAGGGUGAAGAUGAAGGAAUUCAGCAGGGCAGGAGCUACAGAGAAACAGUGGGGGGCCAAGAAUUUUAUUCAAAUCAGAGCCAUCAAAGAGGUGCAAAAACUGAUUGAAGAACUGGAGUCCAGACUUCUCAAGUUCAACAUUUCAAGUCCACAAGUUCGUCCCAGCUUUAAAGGCAACCAUACUAGUGCAGUGGAGCGGAUUAUUUUAAAGUUGGUAUUAUGUGGAGCCUUCUAUCCAAAUUACGCUGUCAAAGAAGAAACAGAUGAGCAUGAGGCAGUCAAAACCCUUUCAAACAAUGAUCCUUUAAAGACAGUCAUGGUCAAAGGUCUUCCUAUAAACCAAGGAAUUUUGUACCAAACAGAAAUAAGAGAAAUUUUCAAAAGUUGUUGGAAAGAUCCGCCACCUCUAAUAAGUUUUGAGCAGACAAGAGCCUAUAUAGAGUUUCCAUGGAAACAAGGGACUAUGUCAGAAGGGAGAGUUCAUCCAGGUGUAUAUAUAGCCAUUAAAAUCAGACAGUUGGGAGUGAAAAUGGGUCUUAGUAUGUAUGACAAGGAGGAAACACAAAAGCGCUUAAAAAAUGUUCAGGAGGCUACAGCCAGUCAGAGAUCUACCAGUGACCUGCGCACAAACAGAAUGAAAGCUGACAACAUUGUUGGUGAGAAACAGUCUUCAUACACCGUCACCAUUGAUCCAAAUAUCUCGACACUUUUACUUAGUGUUACAGAGGUAAUGGAGUGUGGCCAUUUUUGGGCACAGUGUGAUGAUGUAAACACACAGAAAUAUCUUACAGAAGUCCAGCUUGCCCUAAACAGUCCAAAAACAAUUCUAAAGCCUUUUGAGCAUUCUUUGCAACAAGGCAUGCUUGUCGCAGCACCUUAUGCAGAUGGUACAGUGCAAUACUACAGAGCUAGAAUAGAGGAAUUCACUACACAGAAAGUCACUGUUGCUGGGGGAACCUACAGAUCUGUGCUAUCUGCUGUGGUUUUCUAUGUUGAUUAUGGCAAUACUGAAGUAAUAGAUGUCAGCCAGCUAAAACAGUUGCCACCCAACUGUCUCACGCAGCCUUUUUUGGCUGUAGAGUUUUACCUGAAAGGAAUCCGUCCCUCAAGUGUCCGCUGUACAGAUGGUGUGUGGAGCAAACAAGCUAACGAGCUGUUCAAGACCUGGACAUUGAACAAAACUUUGUAUGCCCAGGUUUACUCAAUCGUGAACAACACGGUGCGUGUGAGCCUUGUGACCAGAUACCCAAAUGGCCAAGAGAUUUGUGUCAAUGAUGAGCUCAUCCAGCAAGAAUUUGCUGUCCAAGCAGAGGAAACUUUCUUAUCUCAGCAAAACCAUGAAUGGAGAGAGAGCCUUAAAACAGGGGAGAGCAGUCAGGUGCAGCCAGACUCUUGGCUACAAGUCAGUGUCCCGGAUAACACCAGGCCGUCAGAUGUCAGGAGCAGAGGGAAGAAGAUUUUCUUGGUUGGCCCUUACAACCCAUUGGAGAUGACCUUUAGCUGUUUAACAAGCGGGGGAAGACAACUAUCUGUAAAAAUAGAUCCAGAAAGUGUCAAUUCUGUAGCUAUUGAUGAUGACCCACAAAACAAAUAUUCACGAUUGAUGGUAUCCAGCUUUAUUGGACUGAACCAAUCUGGGAAUAGUAUGGUAGCCAGGAACACGACCAUCCUACCACAGAUACCUGGCUUGCCAGCUUUAGUCACUCUUGUAUUUGCCCCAUUUGUGGAAUACAGAACUGAUCCCAAGUGUGAACGUUACAUUGGUGCCUUGUGUGGACUUGGCUAUGAUGAAGACAAUCUACCCAUACUUCCAGACCAUGACAUAGCUCUUACUUUUGAAACUAAUUUUGGGACAGAUGAUAUUGUUAUGAUUAACCAAGUGCGAAUGGCCAUUAACGUUGCCCUUGGCACAGAAGAUGCAGUAGUUUGCUGGGGCCAGGAUAUCCUGACCAGGAUACAGGAAACUGCUAGGGAUAAGUUGUUGACGUUGCUGAAGAAGAAGAGAGAACCUGUCACACCACAGAACUUCCUCAGGCCUUAUGACUGGAAUCUGGUUGACCCUAAUCUGGUACUUCAACACAACCUCACUGACACUGAAGCUGACUCAGAUCAUCUACUGCCUCUACACAAUGCCAUAGCUUUGGGCUGUGAGCAGGAGAAAGAAUCCACAGAGCAGACCAAACCAAGUAAAGAAUAUUACAUCAAGCACUUGAAAAUGUUGAAGAAAAUUGCAGAAAGUUCUCAGCGUCAACCUGUACGUUGUGAAGUGUGUAAGCUAACUGUAGCAUCUUCACACAUCCUUGCCAUCCAUCUGCUGACUGAGAGACACUGUCACAAUGAAGCUUUAGUUUAUGAAGGAAAGUUUCCUCGUGAGAAGUCUUAGUUUACAGUAGUAAUUGCAUUGAAGUAUUGUUUUAAUGUCUUUCAAAGGAUAUAUUACAAUGGUUUUUAAGAAUUAUUAUUUGAGCUUACCUUUGCAACAAUCAAAUGUGUUUUAAUUUUUUAAUGAUUUUUAUUUCUUGUUUAGUUAAGUAUCAGUAAAGCCAUAUGUACCAAAAGAUCUGAUGUGACAUUUAUAAGAAUGUAAAUUAUAUCAAUUGAUAUAAAAUAGGACAUUUUACCUUAAUGAUCAAUUACUAUCCAAAAACAUGUCAACAGUGGUUCACAGGGCAAGUUUUAACCAAUGCCGCAUGAUAUUAAGCCUUAUUCCGCAGACUAUUGGAAGCCUGGGGCAAAGCACUGGACACACACUACUAGAUGCCAAUCACUGUCCAUGUUUUUAUACACUUUAAAGCAAAAUGUCUAUUUAAAACACAUUCCAAUUGAAUGCCUUCGAAGAAGCCAUCAACUCAAGACAAGCCACUCCAAAAUGAGCACACAAGUCGUUUAUUUCCCAGGCCAUUUCUGUACUGCCACAGUUCAAAAGAAAAGAAGCUCCCUUAGACUGAACCACAAAAAGUGGAGUAUUGUUUGAAUAUCAAAUAAAAUAAAUACUUGAAUCAGUUCCGUUGGAUAGAGUCAUGUACAUGUAAAUACUGUUGUCCCAAAAACUCUGAGUGGUCAGUUUUCUGUCCUCUGAACCAACCAAGGCAUGGAGUAGCAGAUUUGAACAACCGCAAAUGUAUGUCACAGGUUUCCAAAGCAAUUCUGAUGUGAUAGUCAAUAACAAGUUUGUUCACAUUUUUAGUUGAGAUGUUUUUAAUUCUCUUCCUUGUUAAGAUUUAACACAUCUGGCAUCAGUUUUUAAAAUUUGAAAUCAUUUGUUGAUUUUCUUAACAUCUGAAAUUAUCUAUAAAAGAUUCCUUAUUAGAUUGUUUACAUCAAUUUCUUGUAUAAAAGUUUAUGUUCUCAGCACAAAUGCCACACCCCACUUGAAGAUUUUAAGCCUGUUGUCCUUUUAAUUUACUGCUUGAGCCAAAGCUUCCCAUUAUUUCAACUUUGUGUGUGUGUAAAUAUUUAAAUUAUCUUACAUAUUGAGUCAGUAAGUAUAAUUUUCUUGGGCAAUAUUUUAUGUUGUGACACCUGGAGUAUUUUUUGUAUCUAAAUGACUGCAAUAAAACAGUUAAA